CGGAUGAUGAUGGACGGUGGAGUCGAGAAGAAUCAUAGGUGAGGGUCUGACCACUGGGAGGCAGAGGAGUUUCUUCUAAGCGAGAGAAGAGAGAGGAUAGGGGGAUUGGGAACUGGGAACAGUGCUCGCGGGUCUGUUUCGCCGGGAAGAAUUGGAUUGCAGGAAAGAGCGGGACAAGAGAGAGAGAGAGAGAGAGGCGGAGAUCCGGAGGCCGGCGGUCGAGGAGUUGCGUUGGGUGUUGAACGGGACUAUAUGAACUGUUGUUGGUCGACGAUGGAAUCCGAGUACGUUAGAAAGCAUCACAAGCAUGAGCCGAGGGAGAACCAGUGCAGCUCCACUCUCAUCAAGCAUGUCAAGGCCCCUGUUCAUCUCGUGUGGUCUCUGGUAAGGCGAUUUGAUCAGCCGCAGAAGUACAAGCCCUUUGUGAGUAAAUGCGUGGUUCUAGGAGAUUUCGAGGUUGGAAGUGUUCGGGAAGUUAAUGUGAAGUCUGGCCUACCGGCGACCACCAGCACAGAGAGACUGGAGCUUCUUGACGAUGACGAACACAUUCUCGGCGUCAAGAUUGUCGGAGGUGAUCAUCGCCUGAAGAACUAUUCCUCAGUCAUAACAGUCCAUCCCGAGAGCAUCGAUGGAAGGCCGGGAACUCUGGUGAUCGAAUCCUUUGUUGUUGACGUGCCCAACGGGAACACAAAGGACGAUACAUGCUUCUUCGUGGAGGCCCUGAUCAAAUGCAACCUCAAGUCUCUUGCGGACGUAUCAGAGCGCCUUGCGUUGCAGGAUCGAACGGAGCCCAUUGAUUUUUGAGCAGCAGAAGGCCCUGUGAAUGUCAUCCUCUGUUGAAGUUGUUGCCAAUGAAGAAUAGGGACCCCUAUGAUUACCGCACUCGCCUCGCUCUUGUGUUUAUUUUAUUUCUAGAGUUUAUCUUUGAGUAAAAGUGAUAUAUAGAGUUAUGGGUAGUAGAUGUUAGACUAUCAGUCUCUGUCACUGUUAUGAUUCUCUUUGUAUGGUUGGUACUGUGUAGAUGGAUAAAUAAUGCCGAAUUUAUAUGUUUUUGCUCAUGAUUGCCUUUUUAUAAGGGAAUAAGCUGGAGAAAUUGAGCUAGG